UGUGUGUGUGUGUGUGUGUGUGUGUGUGUGUGUGUGUCAUAACAGAGUAGUUCUCACUUCCACCUUACCUGACUAUUCCUACAUGAGUGAUUAGUGAGAAGAAGACAUUCGCUAUCCAUCAUUCAAGGUAAGAAUAUUAAUAUAAUAUAGAUUAAAUAAACUAUUAUUGAUGAAAUGCUUGAGGGCUAAGAGUUUAAGGCAUACAGGUUGAAAAGAGUUGCUUGGAGACAUGUCACAGUAGAGACACUAAAUACUAAUAUACACCUGAAAAUGACAUAAAAAGGUCUUUAAUUGAAAGCGGAGGUAAAAAGAAAAGAGAUUCAAGUCUGAAUUUUGUUUUUCACGCACGUACACAAUUGUGGGGAAGACUUGAAUACAUAUAUUUAAUAUUUCUGUAAUGAAUUUAUAUUUUUAAAUAAAGGUUAUAUGCAUCAAUUAUUUGACCAACUAUAACUAACUACUAUAUCAUAAAAAUACCAAUAGCAUUCAUUGUAAACUAGGACGUGGUGUCUUCUGCAUCUCUUACUGUACCUGCGGCUUUCACACAUACGUUGCAUGUGUUUUUUUACAUUUUCUCACACAUCAUACGAGCCAUCUUUAUGUCAUGCAAAGGUUUUGAGUUGUGUUUUGAUGAGAGACUGUCGUCAUGACAGGUUGUUCAUGUGUCUACGCUGCAACAGGCCGACCCUCUCCACAAUGAACAUCUCUGAGGGGGAGACACAGAGCUUCUUUGGCAGUGACUCCCACCAUGAGAACAUUAUAUUUGCCACUUUUUACAUCCUGAUUUUCCUCAUUGCUGUGCCUGGGAAUGCCUUGGCGCUGUGGGCCUUCUUCCGUCAGCACAGCAAAUCUCCAUCUAAGGUCUUCCUGAGGCACCUCUCUGUGGCAGACAUCUCCUACAUCCUCAUUUUACCCAUGCGUAUAGUUUACCACCUGUUCGACAGCCACUGGCCUUUCGGACACGUCAUCUGUCAGCUAGCAGGCUUCCUCUUUUACCUCAACAUGUACUGCAGCCUGUACCUCAUGAGCUUCAUCAGCCUGCACAGGUUUCUGGCUGUCGUUCUUCCUAUAAAAUCUCAGUCAGUCAGGAAGGUUUUGUACGCAAAGGUAGCUGUGGGGAUACUUUGGGUGACUGUUAUUGUGUCUAUGAGUCCUACACUUUUCUCUAAAAGGGAUGUGAGGAACAACUCAACUGGGUCAUGCAACAAGCUGUACUUAGAGAAGACUUCCCCCACUGCUUUAGUGUCAACCGUCGUGGCCUUUGUGAUUCCCCUCACCACCAUAGUGGUUUCCUACAUACUGAUUCUGCUGAAACUGAGGGCAAUAAAGCAAAAGGAGGAACGGCCGGUGAAGAGCAAAGCCAUAAGAAUGAUCGUCCUGAUUGUCAUGAACUUCCUGUUUGCGUUUGUGCCCUACCAUGUGAGCAGGGUGGUCUAUAUUGAAAUGCACAUGCAUGGUAAUCUGACUGCAGCAAGCCAUGAGUCGCUGGGAAGAGCCAAUCGGAUCACAUCUGCACUCACCUGUGUUAGUGGGGUCCUGGAUCCCGUCAUGUACUUCUUCCUGAACCGAGUUUACAGGGACAAACUGCUGCAGCUGUUCUGUAAACCAUGAAGAUGAUCAA